CUUAACCCGAAGCUGCCAUUAACUUAUCCCACCAUGAGUCCCGCAUCUCCCGCAGGCAGCUACAGCGAACACGUUUUACCCCUAAUUCCACCUGGAAUUCGUUUCCGACUCAUGAAAGCCUCGGACCUACCAGAGGUCCGUGCACUUCACGCGAGCCUCCUCCCUGUCCAAUACCCCCUUGCUUUCUUUAUCCAUCUCCUCCUUCAACCUCGGUAUCUCUGCGUCCUUGCCACGCACGAAGAUUCAGUCAUUGCCUUUGCCUCUGCCGAGAUUAAUGCCUCUCAUGGAACUGUACAGACUGAACACAGGAAUAGUUCCCUUGCGCACAUUACACUUCUCACGUUGGGGGUCCAGCCAACCCAUCAACGACAGGGCAUCGGCCGGGCACUGGUCCACGAUGUUGCCCGCCGGUUACGUGCAUCAUCGUGCAGGUAUGAGACACCGUCCGAGCCUAGAUCGGCCGAGGAUGUUCGGCAUGGACCCGGAUAUUCAACCGUCCUCGUCCAAGCCGAGGUUGCCCAUUCUAAUACGGCAGGGAAAUUCUUCUACUCCCGCCUUGGUAUGAACGUGGAACAGGUUGGAUCCAAAACACCAACGUACAUCGUGGCUGGACUGUUGUGUGUGUAAUAGACCUCGGAUUCACCCCAGCUGAUAGAUUGAUCGAUGAGUUCUCUUACCUCGUAGUUACGGGACGGAUAUGUACCGGGUUCGUCUAGGUGAUUACCGAGCGGCGUCUGGCGUCAGGUAGACAUAUGCAUUAGUUGCAUAAGUUAUGUAGAAUAACAUUAAUAUGUGGAUU